GCGGUGUGGUGCGGAGGCGAGUUUUCGUGACGCAGUCGCGUUUUAUUGUGAGUUUUAAUGUUUUGACAUGUAGUGCAUUUAAAUUUUCGGUUCGAUUUGUGUUUUUAUUUUGAUUAUGUGUUCGUUUUUCAUAGUGUAGUGCGCGUAACGUCACUGCACCAUUGUCACCUAGUGAUCGACGACGCCAACUCGAAAAAACACACACCGAAAAGUGGAGGAAAAGGCGCUACGGUGACGUUAUUUUGUGUGCCUCGACAAAAGCGAUCAUCUCAGAACGAAGGCCGUGAUGGGAUGAUCGGCUUGCAAGAAUGUGGGCCCGCGCCACCUAGAGCGCCGGUUUCGGGAAGCCGGGCCCGCGACCGCACGGCCCAAGCCGUGGACUACUACAACACCCACGUGCACCGUGCAUGGGCAAACGCCGGCCUCUCGAGAUCGUCAUUCAACGACCGCCACCAGUCGUCCACGCGCCGCCACCAUUUAGCCCCCGAGCAGCUCUACCGCAGCAACUCCAGCUUGGAACUCCUGGACCACAACGGCCGUCCCUCGAAUCCGUCGACGCCGACGCUGAAACGCGAGUACGGCAGUCACGGCAGCAUCGACGUCAUCGAUCGGCCUUCGGGAGUCGGCGAGUCGUUCUUUGCCAUGCUCCAGGACUACCAACCGGCCGUUCUGGGAGCCAUCGCCGCCGAUCAGCGAUCACCAGGUCCCGCGGAGUACCUCCGAGGGAAGGUCGAUGUCGAAAGCGUCGAAGACGCGGGCGUUCCCAGCAGCCCCAAGUCGAGGGUGAAGUUGUCGAGGUUUUGGGGCAACGGACCCGUUAACGUGAAAAAUCAAAGACAAGCCAUGGACGAUAGCAUGGUGAAUACGUCUUCCAGUAGUUGUAGUGUUAUUUGUUCGGCCGAAGCUGAGGAAAUUGCAAGGAGGAGGGCUUUCUGCCAUUAUGACUGUCAGUCUUUGACGACGAAUUUGAAUUAUACGGCUAGGUUAAGGCGGAUUUUAGCCAAGAGACGGAACACAACGACGGGCGCUUCGGCCGCGUCUAUGUUAGCCAAAUCUUUUACCUCAGAUGGUGACAGUGGAGAAGAAGACAAUGGUGAUGGACAAAACAACGAUCUCGUACAAAGUUGUCCGUUCUUUCGCAACGAAAUUGGAGGUGAAGAAGAACGAAUUGUUAGUUUGACCAGAUUGCAAAGUACUCAAGGUUUAGGCUGCAAGAAACCUCUACAUCGUCCACCUCUAGCUUACGGGGUUGCCGUCUUAGAAUUCCCUCCAGGUGAAACGCAUUGGAGACAUUCCACAUGUCCCUACCAGCGUCUACCCAGACCCAUUGAAAGCGUUGAUCAGGGCGCUUUAUACUACCGAAAGUAUUUCUACGGACAAGAGCACCAGAAUUGGUUUGGAAUGGAUGAACAACUCGGUCCCGUGGCAAUUUCCAUAAGGCGCGAGAAAGUCAUUCAUUUAGACAACCACUCUUCAUCUUCAGUAAUGCAAUACCAAUAUCGACUGGUGAUCCGUACUUCUGAACUUCAAACCUUCAGAGGAUCGAUUCUUGAAGAUGCCAUUCCCAGUAUUAAGGCAUCGAGUAGUAGCAAAACUUUUAACAUAAAAGAAGUUCUCGAAUACGUUGCCCCUGAAAUCCAAUUGAGUUCGUUACGAUUAGGAGUCCAGAACCAACAAACCGAAGAACAAUUACUGAAAUUGGACGAACAAGGACUUAACAAUCAUUACAAAGUCGGCGUAAUGUAUUGUAAAGCGGGACAAUCAUCGGAAGAGGAAAUGUACAAUAAUGAAGAAGCCGGUCCUGCUUUCGUCGAAUUUCUAGAAACGAUCGGGAAAACAGUCCGACUUAAAGGAUUCUCGAAGUAUAAGGCCGGAUUGGAUAACAAAUCCGAUUCCACCGGUUUAUUUUCGGUAUAUUCGCAAUACCAGGACUGCGAAAUUAUGUUUCACGUCUCGACAAUGUUGCCGUUUACGCCAAACAACCGGCAACAGCUCCUCCGUAAACGUCACAUCGGUAACGAUAUCGUAACGAUAGUGUUCCAAGAACCGGGGGCUUUACCCUUCACACCGAAAGGAAUCCGGUCACAGUUUCAACACGUCUUUAUCGUGGUGCAAGCCAUAAAUCCGUGUACCGAAAACACUCACUAUAAAGUGGCAGUGAGUCGUUCGAAAGACGUCGAGGUUUUCGGUCCUCCAAUCAAAGACGGUGCUAUUUUUCCAAAAGGCAAAGCUUUCGCUGAGUUCCUGUUAGCCAAAGUCGUCAAUGCGGAAAAUGCUGCUCAUCGCUCGGAGAAAUUCGUGACAAUGGCCACUCGAACCAGACAAGAGUAUUUAAAGGAGUUGGUAACGAAUAGUUCGACGUCGACGCCUGUGGAUACGCACCAGAAGUUUUCGAUUUUUAGUAGUAAAAAGAAGGAUAAGAUCAGGCUGAGAUUUUUAGCGGAUGCUUGUCAAAGAGGGGCGAUUUUGUGGCAGGUGUUGUUGGAUGAUUGGGGCCAAUCGCAGAGAAUCGAAUGUUUCUUAGGAAUUAGUACCGAUAGUUUGGUUUUGAUUGAAGAAACAUCGAAACAGAUUGUGUUUGUGACUCCGUGUAAAUCGAUUUUGGGGUGGUCGACACCGUCAAAUGGGUUGAGGAUCUACCACCACCAAGGGGAAUGUAUGACUAUACACAUGAGAGAUGGGCAAGGAGACCGUGAUGAGUUGAUGGAAGUUGUGGAGAGGCUACAAGCGGUGACACAAGGAGUAAUGGCUACUGAAUUAUCCCUAAAACGGAAUAUAAUGGGUCAGCUUGGUUUCCAUGUCCAACCUGAUGGUAUAGUAACUUUGGUUGAAAGCUCCGGUGAGGCUUGGCAUGGAGGUCUACGUCAAAAUUCACGUCUUGUUGAAAUUUGCAAAGUUGCAGUUUCGACUUUGACAUACGACCAAAUGGUCGAUCUUCUCAAAACGUCAAUCGUUGUAAUUUUAACUGUGAUACCGCCUUUACCCGACGGAUCUCCCCGUAAAGGCUGCACUUUACAAAAUUGUAAAUAUAACGAAGGUAACUAUGAAGGAGAUUACGAGAAUUUGGAUGAUGGUAAGUCGAGAAAAGCACCACAGAUGCAACAAGCGGGGAACCACCGUCGGAUCUACGAGAGGAGUUUCUCGCCACCGAGAUCGAGUAAUAGUUCUGGUUAUGGUACCGGAAGUAGUUCUAAAUCGUUUCAUAAUCCUGAAGGAACCCUCACGAGUUCCUCGAGCGGGCAUUCGGGUGACGACAAGUGGUACGAUGUUUUACAAGAGUUGGAAGUACCACCAGUACCACAGAAAACACCAUCAAGAUCGAACAACGUCUUCCCGACCCCUAAACGCACCAAUCAAAUACAAGUAUCUCAUAAUCAUUUUGGGCCACAACCGAUACAUCACAGUAAAGUACAAAUCAGUCAUUCUUUACCUUUACAACACGUCAACUAUUCACAACCUUUGACUGCUGUUGUUCACAAUAAUACCGAUUAUGAGACCUACAAGGAAAAAAACAAUGCGAAGCAGCAACGACAAGAAAGCGAUUAUGUGAUGAGACAAUUGAACGACUUCCGGUUGAAUGAUGGCCACUCGACUGAUAGUUCCAUGUAUGGGUUAGGGAGCGAGGAUGAGUUGUCCAAUGGUAGCGGAAACGUGUCCCCAAAGAGUCGUAGGACGAAGCAAUUGACAAGUAAUAGUCGCAAUCACAGCCCCAGAUCAGUUAACGGCGAAGCGAAACUAAGACCUGGUGUUACCCCCCGUUCUUCGAAUCGAAACAGCGCGAAUUUAUCCUCGAGUAAUUUCCAAGAAGAGUUGCUGCGAUUGAUAAAUCCAGACAGUAUCGAGGCUUCAACCGAACCGAAGGAAACAACCAGGUUUGCUAAACACCCUCCAAAGGCCCCCCAUAAUUGCAAAACUUUCAGUUUAUCAACGCACAAAACCCAGCCAGAGGUGAUUCUAACCAUGGCUCGACCCGCCACCGUUAUUUCCAAUGCUAGCACCACGUCCAGUCCUCUCCCCGCCGAAUUUAAAGGUUCCAAAGACGAGCUCAAUACCAAAACAAAAUCGGUCGUGUCUCUCGAGGAAUAUCCAGUUCCGGAAGAUUGGCCCACUCUUGUGGACACGGCCACUCGAGUUCUGAUGCAAGUGGCUUCCGAUAGUUACAAACGCGACGAAGGGAAAUGGGACGAGGAAGCCCCAAUCGAUGCGUCGAUUACCUCUUCAGUGAGUUCCAGCACGAGUGUCCCGGAAUUGCAAAACCACGUGACGGAUUUAGAGUCAAGUUUAAAACGGGAGACGCGGAGGAGGCUGUCGCUGGAGAACGAAGUGAGGAGGUUGAAAGAGGAGAACAAGAAGUUGAAGGAUCAAGCACAGAGUGCCGUGCAGCAAUUACGCAAGUUUACAGAGUGGUUCUUCAAGAACGUCCAAAGGCAGUAAGAGUAAACUUGUAAAUAAACGUUAAACUUGUAAAUUUUUAAUAUAGUACAAAAUUGUUGUAUUUAUUUAUUGUUUGUUUUGUCGGAAUUUAUUUCUUUUCGGGUCAGUAUUCCAAAUUUUCAUUGGGUUAAGGUCCACCCUCGAGUAUUAUAAGUUAUUUUUCAGCAAGUUAUUUAUAAAAUAGUUACCACACGAGUUAUUAUUUAACCUACACUCUUAAUCAUUAUUUUACAAAAAUAUUUUUGUUAUGUGUUUUACUUAGGACGUAUUUUUUAAAGCAUAUUCUACUCUUUGUAAUGAUAAACAACUGAACACCAAAUCAAAUGUAAUGUUAAUUACUUAGUUUCUAGUGUUAUGAAUCAUCCAUUCCUGAGAGAUGAGGAGUAUUGUUGAUGGUGACCUGCAGAUUGCCUUAAAUGAAUGGAUUUUUAAAUAUUUUAUUUAAGUAACUUGUUAUGUAACGUAAGUUUUCCAUUUACUAUGUCAAUGUUUAUUUAAAAAUAAAAAAUUCUUAAAUUGAAA